UUGUUGGUAAAAUGUCCGCCGCUUAAGCCUCGAAUUUCCGCAAAUUUGUUGUCUGUGUAAUUGUCCGGUAUUGUAACGUGUAAUUGCUGGUUCUUCACUGUACGGAGAUAAGCGCAACGUAGCGCUGUUCAUUCCGGAGGAGGAAUAUUAAUUAGGCAACCGUGCAAACGAGGGAAGAUUCCCCACAGACUUUACACGCCAUGAGCAACUCAGAGAGUAGCAGCAGCAGCAGCAGCGGCAGCAAAAAUGCAAAAUCAGAAGAAAAUCAAGACGAGCUGAUUAUAAAACAACAGCGCGAAAUUGAACAAGAGAUUGCUCAUUCCAAUCCGCUAGUCAGUGAGUCGCAGCCGAUCUCCAGCCUCAACCAGGAGUACCUGGACGAUCCUGUCUACAUAUCAAAAAUUAAAGAUCUCUCCUCGAAGUACCGCGCGAUUCGGCGCAGCCGUCCAGAUGGGAACUGCUUUUUCCGAGCAUUCGCAUACGCUUACCUGGAAUAUUUGGUGCGGAACAAGGACGAAUUUCAAAAGUUCUACGAAUAUGCGUCCAAAUCUCGGGAACGGUUAACCGAAGCCGGCUUUCCGCCAUUUACGAUCGAAGACUUUUACGAUACGUUCAUGGAGGUGAUUAACAAAGUGAAACCGGAUGGGGACGACACCGCCGCUGCCCUCAACGAGCUGCACAAGCUAUUCAACGAACAAGGGUACUCGGAUUAUGUCGUCGUGUAUCUGCGACUGAUUACCUCGAGCCAUCUGCAGGAAAAGGCCGACUUUUACCAGAACUUUAUCGAUGGUAACAUCACGAUUGUAGAGUUUUGCCACCAGGAGGUGGAACCCAUGUACAAGGAAUCGGAUCACAUUCACAUUAUCGCUAUCUGCUCCGCACUGGAUGCUGGGGUGCGGGUCGAGUACAUGGAUCGGGGCGAUGGUGAUCAGGUGAUUGCUCACGAUUUUCCGGACGGUUUCAAACCGAACGUCUAUCUGUUGUACCGUCCGGGGCAUUACGAUAUUUUGUACCCCAACAGUCAGCAGGCGUAAGGUGUGCGCAUGUACCAGGGGAUCCCUUGUACCGGGUAGUUCGGUGCAUCAGUUAGGGCGUAUUAAAAUCCUUGGGUGCAUACCAACGAAGCGUGUCUACUAUGAUGUCCUAUCGUCUUUGAUUCCUGCAAAUCCAACCUUGGAUCAAACAGUACUAUACUACUUCGUCGAUACUAGCAGGCUACUCAAUAUAAAUACAUUGUACGGAAGAAUCGUAAUAAAUCCAACCACAACUCCUGAUCCAUUUUUCAGUGAGA